AUGUCAGAUUUGCAAAGUAAGAUCGUAACACAGGACUUGUUGGAAAGAUCGGCUUCGCAGCCAAUCUAUCUUUCCUCAAUUGAGGUCGUAGGUGGUGAGACGUUCUCCAACAGCUUUUUCAAGAAGCUUCUUAGCCCGUUGACUGACAACUCCGACUACACAUUAGAGCAAUUGUUGAAACAGGUUGAUUUAUCACACAAGAGAUUAAUGAAGACCGACAUUUUCCAAAAGGUAGACGUGUCAUUCCACUCGGACUAUGUUAAGCAGUUACCUAAGGUUGAAUCGUACAACAGAGAACCUUCUAUUCCAACCAAGGUGGUGUUCGAUUUGUCCACAUUGUCGUUGAAUGCCGGUGAAGGGUUCCUUAAUUUGAAUAGUGAUGACAUUCUAAGCGUCAACUUGAACUACUUAAACAACAAUUUUUUGCAGAAUGCCGAAAUUGUCAAUUUGGGGGUCAACUAUAACCCAUACAAGCCAAACCAACAUUUGAUCAGCAACGGUAAGAUUUCGAUCAAUUUGCCCAACCCAUCGUUUAAGUUGAUAUCCGAUUUCCAUAAUACCAACUCCAACAACCAGGUGUGGCAGCAGCUGUCUGAGCAUACUAGUGGCCUUUUCUCUGGGUUAAUGUACACUGCUGAAAGCAAGAAGCUCCAAACCAUGUUGGGGUUAGGUGUAGCCAAAAGGACAUUACAUGAUAUCGAUGAUGGCGCCUCUGAUGAUUUGAAGUUUUUUGGCGGUGAGUUUUUGAAGAAAUCUAUAGUGCAUCAGAUUAGAUACAAGGAUUUGAAAUUCUUGAAUGAGAUUACCAACAACUUCCCGAUCAACGGGUUUACAUUAGAUAUACUGAAUGAAGUAUCCACCAACGAUGUGCAAGGACCUGUCGCAAGCAGCUCCACCAGUUCCGCCAGCGAACCAUUUCUUAAAUCUGCACUUUCCACUAACAUUUUCCAAUCGUUCUUCAACAACAAGAUAACGACCCACUUUUCUUUCGAUUUGGGAGGAAUAUUCGCCAAAUCUGCUUCUUCAUCCUCCACAUCUGUGCAUACAUCCGAUAGAUUUUACUUGGGAGGGUUCAAUUCGUUCCGCGGAUUCACCAAGAACUCUCUUAACCAGGACGGCGGGUAUCAAUUUUACAAAUUAAGUGCUACAGUCUACUCGCAGUUACCAACAUUCUUGUAUAAGCCACAUCAUCUCAUUAGGUUGGAAGAUGGACAUGGGUUUGAAGCCAACCCAUUAAGAUUGUACGCUACAGGUAACAUUGGCAGUGUCACCAAUGAUGGCUUAAAGUUAAAUGCCUACGGAGAUGCUAAUGUAGCUACCAGUGCCGGGUUUGGGUUAAGAUAUUUCAAUACCUGGGCCAAUUUUGACGUAGGGUACUAUAUUGCCAACAGAUUGAACGAUGACAAUGUUGCUGGGAUCAAGGAUGGGUUCCAGUUUUCUGUAUCCAUUGGAGGAUCAAACAGGGUAAUUUGA